GUUGAUGGUUGUUUCCACACGUGCUAUGCUUUCAACGUUGUAAUCACAUUUUAUUCAGCUUUCAGACUUUCCCUCCGUGAAGCUGGGACCCUCUUCAACCCAGACCCCUUCAUCCCGGUGUUCAGACUCCCCGUUUCUCCAUUUCAAAGCCCAGAGGUCUGCUUCUCCCUUCCCCCCUCCUUCUGCGAGCUGCGUCAAGUCGACUCAACAACACCCCCCCCAACACCACCGGAAGUGAGCCGAUUUGCACUCAAAGUAAAGCGAUUUAGGAAUGUGGAGACCAGCAUCUACGUCACCCUCAAAACGCCUGGGGUCCCGUCGUAAAAAAAAACUUUUCUAGAGGCUGUAACAUAAGAAAACAAACCCUCAGGGACGCUCGUCUCUGUCUCCAUGGUAACUUGCCCCGGCGCGACUGCUUGCAAAGGGGGCGGAACCCGGAGAGCAACGACGGUGCUUCUAUUUCUUUCUCCCCCGUGAAGGCACUACCAGUCGAUGAUGCCAUUUCACGACGGAGCAUACUACCCCUUCACCGGUGACACCCAAGGGACCCACUCAUCAGCAGGGAUCCCUUCCCUCCUGAAUUCCCCUCUCAGCCACCCCUCUGUAAACGGCCACUCUGCUCCUGCAUCCAGCAUGACUCCGUCCAGCGGAGCCUCCAUCAACCUGCCUUUCAAGUUCCGCCCUCGCAGGGAGAGCGUGGACUGGCGGCGGAUCAAUGCUGUGGACAUCGACCUGGUGGUGAGCCAGCUGGAUGUAGACGCCCUGCAAGAGCACAUCAGCGGCGUUACCUUCUGCAGCUUGGACGGGGAGCGGUGUCAGCGCUGCCAGAGCCCCGUGGACCCAGCUCUAAUCAAGCUCUUGCGGCUGGCCCAGCUCACAGUGGAGUGGCUCCUCCACUGCCAGGAGUUUCUCACCCUCAACCUGCGAGCGGCCGAGGAGAGGCUGGCGGCCGCUGCCAGCGAUCGAGAGCAGCUGCUGGCUCAGCAGAAUAAGCAUGAGGAGAAGGUGAAGACCCUAACCACCGAGCUCAAGCAGAGGAAGAAGCUGAUUCGCAACCAGCAGUCCCUGAUCCCGCCCAGAAUCAUCAGUGGACAGAAGUGUCCACAUUGUGAUAAAUCCUUCCUCAAUUCCACGUUUCUUCAGAAUCACAUGCAGCGUCGCCACCCUGGCGAGUAUGAGACCGAUUUGCGUUCAGAGAGUGAGAAGAAGUCUCUGAAUGAAAGCCUCCGAGCGGAGAUCAACAGUCUGAAGGAGCAGGUCGAUCAGCAGCAACAGGACUUGCAAGCCAAAAUAGUUCAGGAGAAAGAGCAGCAGUCCAUGCAAAAGGAGCUGCUGAGAGAGUUGGAGCGCUUUAAGGCCGAGGAGAUGGCGCGCAUGGACAGAAAGAUAGACGACAGCAGGGACGGCAUGCGCAGGGAGAUGGAAUUCCUUUACACACGAAAUAUACAGGCUCUAAAUGAAGUAAAUCAGAAUCAUACGGCUAAGCACGAAAUACCACCAAGCCCUGUGCAACCGCAGCCAGAGAGAGGUCUGGACAACUACAAAGAGAUGCAGACGCAAGCCAUACACAAGCUGGAACAUCAGAUGAAGAAACAGGAGAAAAAGUGGGGAUCCAAGCUGCAGGAAAUCAAGUCCCUGCACGAGUCUGAAAAGAACAAGUUGCUGAACGAGCUGAGCAGACUGCAGUCGUCGGUGUCGGAGCAGCAGGAGAGCCGCCAGAGGCUGCAGCAAGACCUGGGGAGGAGGCUGCAGGACAAGGAGCACACCAUCAAGGCUCAGAGGGACCAGAUAAGGAAUUUCUCCUCAAAUCCACCCACAAAAAUAGUGGAAGUACCAGUCAUCCUCAGUGCACCAGCCCCGGACCCUAAACCAAAGAGAGUUGUACUGGACUCGAGCAGCUUCUCUGAGAGGAGGCCGGUGGAGAAGAAGUCUGAGCCGCUACCGGAGAAGAAACAGAGAGUGAACAUCAGCGCUCUGAAGAGGAACCCCAACCUCAAGAAGGAGAUGAGGCCAGAGCUGGAGCAGGCUGUCAUGGAGAAGCUGGAGAACCUGGGAGUCAAGCCUGAGCAGUGUGGUCUAAAGGACAAAGAGCUUAGUUCCAUCCUGGCCAAGGCGCAUUCAAAGCGGGAGAGCGCCGCGAAGGGGAUGCCUCACUACUGGGGCUAUCGGGAGGAGAUCAGCAGCACUGUGGAGCAGAGGGUGGCCCGUCAGAGGAGAGGCAGCGACCCUGCUGCAGUGUCCCAGCCCAGAGCCAGACAGCCAGUUCAAGUGGUGCAGAUCCGGCCUCGAUCCAGCAGCCUGCCCUCCAGAGAUACACAAGUGAUGUCAAAACCUGCAGUCAAACAGUCCAAGACCCCCCAGCCGGCACCGAGGACCAAGACCACCACCCAACCCAAGACAUCUACACCCAACACCAAGAGCACUCUGAAGACGUUCGCAUCGAAGACCCCUCCUUUCAGUUCCGAUGCUGAAUCGGAAGAAGAGGACACAGACAUGGAGGAGGAACCGCCCAAAAAAACGCAGAGGGGCAAAUCCCCACAGCCCAGACUAAACCUGACCCAGAUCAGAGCCAGUCCGGUCCAGUCAGUUCAGGCUCCAUCCAGGACCUCAUUCUCCUCCAACCCCCCGCAGACCAGGGGGUCGGGGGGCGGUGUCACCAAGACCACAGUCACAAAGAUAGAGAGCGAUGAGGAGGACGAGUGGUCGGACGUCAGCGAGCUGCAACAGAUCGACCCCAAACGCCUACAGAGUUUCAAAGAUCAGAACGGAAACGUGGAAAAGAGAAACGUUGGCAAAGAGAACAAAAUCAGUGAAUUGGCCAGAAAAAUGGAGAAGCAGUUUGCAGAGCGAUCUCUAAAGAAACCAGCAGGGGGCGUCAGCAUCCUCCCGGAGAGGAAGGAUGAGGUUCAGGAGCUCACGUACACAGAUCUAGAGGAGAGCAGAGAAAAGGGUCCCCGAGUGAAGACUCUGCAAUUCAAUCCCGUCCCCCUCUAA